AUGUUAGAAUAUCCCACCAAGGUGUUAUGUAGCCAAGGGGGUAAUGAGCCUAGGAGUAUCAGUUUCGAUUCACGAACCUGUGGUGAAAGCUCCGCUAAAGAACGGCUGACUACUCUCUUGCCUGGUACCGGUAGAACAAAGUCUCUUAUAUCCCAGGAUAGCAUUGAAGAAGAAUAUUUGCGACAGGAAAGGAAGAAGGCCUAUAGUACAGAGGGAUCACCCGAGUCGAAAUCUUCACGGGAACCUUCCCGUGAGGCGUCCCGGGAAGCAUCGAGGGAAGCAUCACGUGAGCCUUCUCGUGAACCCUCUAGAGAACCAUCACCAACAGGUGAUCCCAAAUCCCAUGCAACCACGCCUUUCAAACAUUAUGAUCGACCUGAAAAGACUCCUUCACACGACCUGCCUCCUAGGUUAGAAGACGUCAAAAACAGAAGAAGCGCUUUCCGGUUAGUUAAGAGGUCGCCCCAGAUUCGACGAGCGGGAGCGGCUUCUUUCCAUGAUGGUGCUGUCACUGCCUACAGUGCUGAUACAUGCGAGAUCGAUGAUGAGAUAAGACGUACGAGAAGAGAAAGCAUUCCUUCCAGGCAUUCGUUAGAUCUUAGAGAUCUACGAGACAGACAAACCCUCGAACCACCAACCAUCCUUGUAGGAGGAUACGAAACACCAGAUGAUCAACAACACACACCAGAAAGGGAUGAUAGAUUACCAGCACGGCCAAAGGAUCCCUUACCAGUUUCCCCUGGUAGAAGACCUCCGCCUGAGGAUUUUGCUCGACCGGCUCGAUCAGAAGAACGGUCACGUAGCCCUCGAAGCAGAAGGCAUCAACGAUUCUAUGAUCCCAGUCCGAACAGAGGAGAAUCACCAGGAAGAGCUGUGUCGCCUGGUCGUGGGUCAAUUAACGCUCACUAUAGGGCUUCUAAAUCACCAACAAGGCCUCGGCGAAGUAUGGAGAGUCUUAGUAUGGACAGAGGGGAUCGAGGUUACCACGACUCACUGGACGGAAGGAGAGAUUUUCUGCAAGUGCCUGGAAACCGGGGAACGGGAAGAUCUGCUAGUUCUUCUCCUCGACAUCGGCUCAAGAAGCACGACACAUUUGGAGGUGUUAGUCGACCAUUCAGCGAGGAGUGUCUCUUGCGAAGUGAUGAACCAAUUCGUGACCAUCCAGAAUAUCAACAAACCUUUCACCAAGGCAGGUAUGUACGACCUAUAGAUUUCGAGAAGUUAGAGAAGAGGCAUCAGAAACCCCAUUCCAAACAAGCAGAGAAGAUCCUUCGAUUCGAAACAAGGUCUGGUUCCGAAACAGCUCUACUUGAUUGCAGGGAAGAGCGUAGCAAGAGGGAGGCACGUAGGUCACCGGUGAGGGCGCAUAGCGACCAAGAUGUCCUGUCUGAUUGGAGAAGGAAUGGGGAGCACAAAGCUAGAUCACCGGAGAAAUUUUGA